AUGAAUUUCACUGGAACUACUAUCUACAGUGUAUACAUUAAUGCUUCAACCGGUGCUUCUCUCAAGCUCACCACCUUCAAACCCAUCGGUCAUGUCUGGACAAUGGUUGCAGGUGGAGGUGCAUCUAUUGUCCACAGCGACUCUAUCGCAGCAGCAGAUUUUGCACACAAACUCGCUAACUAUGGUGAGUACUCUGGUGCCCCAAGCGAGGUCGACCUGCUCACGCGCCCACCUCCCUGCCCUGAUGGCAAGAUCUUCAUCGUUGGUGGUGGUAUUGCAAAUUUUACCAAUCCAGUUCCCAACUGGCAAGAAGGUCUCAAAGUCAUGUGUCUGCUCGGCGAGUCCCUCGGUGUCCCCAUCCACGUCUUCGGCCCUGGCACCCACAUCACUAAAAUCAUGCCCCUCGCCCUCAGUCUCAAAUCCACAACAAGCAUGAAAGCACCCACAAGUGUCCUCGCCACCGCACCUGGCUCCCCCAAGAUCUCACCCGCAACCCCCGAGCACGGGGCCAACGACGUCGGAACCAUUCACGCAGAGGGCGAACGCACCCGGCCCAAUGACGUCGUCGUCUGCUUCGAUUCGCUCGAUCACCAAAGGCUCCAGGCCCGCAUACAGACUCCUUGA